AGCUGGUAGACUGUGUUAGCCAGCUGGGAGUUAUUUCCCAACUUCUGUAUUACUUCUUCUCCAUAUUACUGCUUAUUUUAUAUACGUAACACACUGCAUAUUUUGUGCAUCCAUUUUUUGUGCACAUUACUGUACAUAUAUUUCUUAUUUCUUAUUCAUUUCUGAUCUUUUAAUUUAGUAUUUAAAUGCACAGUCUAAAGAGGAGUAGGCCAGGUUUUCCUUGCACAUAUAACUGUAUAGGUGACAAAUAAAAUUGAAUCUUCUCUAAUCUGAUCAGUAAACGUCUGAGAUUGAAUCUGAUUGCAGAUAACGUCUAUGAUGUUGCAUUAGCAGUAAUUCAGAACCUGUUUUCUUUCUACCAGCUGGUACAGAUGAGCAGGCUGAGCAGCUGGGCCUGUGUCAUGGCAGCUGCUAGCUGCUCAGACUAAGCUGGGGCUUUCAGCAGGGAAUGCUUUGGUAGUUUAAUGUAUUUGGUGCUUUGUUUGAUGUACCAACAUUUCUUACAGGCAUUACAUCACUGUGCGGGCAUUAACUGAAACCGUUACUGAUAACAGCGAAAACAAAUGAGAGCACCAGAGGUUAUUAUCAGGUCGCCACGGGUAGCGCACUACUCUGACAUGAUUAUUUAACACACACAAAGCGGUAUUAAAAACUCAAUGUGGAAAUCCACCAAUCAGCGCGCGCGUGAGGAGGCAGACGCGAUGACGCCAGCGCCGUCUGGUCGUCGUGGCUGGUGCGCGCGAGCGCAGAGAAAAAGGGGGGCAGAGCGAGCGCGCGACACGGAGGAAGAGAAAAAACUCCCAGCAGGCCGAAACGGGGUCACGAACUAUGACCUUUCACAGGAGAAAAACAAUAACAAAUCAUUUGUAUUAACCGUAACGACUGUAAAACUACGUUCACUAGCGUCACAGGUCCAGCUGGUCAUAACAGAUGCAGCAGUGGCCUUGCUCCAGUAAGACACUGCUAAUGACCUUAUAUCAGCAUGACAACCAACCUGGCGAUGCUGGCUCAGCAGAUAGUGACCACUGAGCAGGUAGCCGAGACGCAGGCAUCUCCUACAGACAGCCCGGUGAUGAGUGCUUCUCCACAGCGCAUUCAGAUCAUCUCCACUGACUCCUCUGUCACCACGCCACAGAGAAUCCAGAUUGUGACGGAUCAGCAGACGGGACAGAAGAUCCAGAUUGUGACAGCUGUAGAUCCGGCCAAUGUGCCCAAGCAGCAGUUUAUCCUGGCUGCUCAUGAUGGAACGGCAACUGGCAAAGUCAUCCUGGCGUCCCCCAGCAGCCCCAGCACGAAACAGCUCAUCUUCACCACAGCUGACAGCCUGGUACCUGGUCGAAUACAGUUUGUCACAGAUGCAGUCUCAGUGGAGAGGAUUCUGGGUAAAGGAGGCGAGGUGGGCCGACCGCAGCCUGUAGAGUACUGCGUCGUGUGCGGAGACAAAGCCUCAGGGAGGCACUAUGGAGCUGUUAGCUGUGAAGGCUGCAAGGGCUUCUUCAAGCGAAGUGUCAGGAAGAGUCUGACCUACAGUUGCCGCAGCAACCAAGACUGUGUGGUCAACAAGCACCACCGCAACCGCUGCCAGUUCUGCCGCCUCAGGAAGUGCCUCGAGAUGGGCAUGAAGAUGGAGUCUGUACAAAGUGAGAGGAAGCCAUUAGACCUGCCCAGAGAAAAACCUGCUAAUUGUGCUGCCUCAACUGAAAAGAUCUACAUCCGAAAAGAUUUGCGAAGUCCCCUAAUAGCAACGCCGACUUUCAUCACAGACAAAGACGGCACACGCUCUGGGUUAUUGGACCCCGGGAUGCUGGUGAACAUCCAGCAACCUGUCAUCCAAGCCGACGGCACGUUACUCUUAGCAACAGACACCAAGACAGAAACCGGUCAUGGGGAUUUAGGCACACUGGCCAAUGUGGUGACAUCAUUAGCCAGUCUCAACGAUUCACUCAAUAAUGGGGACGGGGACAUUUCAGCCAGCCAGCAGGAAGAGUCCGCUAGUGAAAUCACACGUGCCUUUGACACUCUGGCCAAAGCGUUAAACCCUAAUGAGGAGGGGGAGGGGCAGAGCCUGUCGGAGGCGGAGUGUGUGGGCGGAGCAACUAUACAGGUCAUCAGCAGAGAUCAGGUCACGCCUCUUAUAGAAGUGGAGGGUCCUCUGCUCACGGACACACACGUCAACUUUAAGCUGACAAUGCCCAGUCCGAUGCCUGAGUAUCUCAAUGUCCAUUAUAUUUGCGAGUCUGCGUCCCGUCUGCUGUUUCUCUCCAUGCACUGGGCACGCUCCAUCCCAGCCUUCCUAGCUCUUGGGCAGGAGUGUAACACAUCUCUGGUACGGGCGUGCUGGAACGAGUUGUUCACUCUCGGGCUGGCGCAGUGUGCUCAGGUCAUGAGCCUCUCCACCAUCCUGGCUGCCAUCGUCAACCAUCUGCAGAGCAGCAUACAGGAGGACAAGCUGUCUGGUGAACGAGUGAAGUUGGUGAUGGAGCACAUCUGGAAGCUGCAGGAGUUCUGUAACAGCAUGGCCAAGCUGGAGACGGACGGCUAUGAGUAUGCCUACCUGAAAGCCAUCGUCCUCUUCAGUCCAGACCACCCAGGCCUGAACAGCUGCAGCCAGAUCGAGAAGUUUCAGGAGAAAGCGCAGAUGGAGCUGCAGGAUUACGUACAGAAGACUUAUCCAGAUGACACUUACAGACUGGCGCGAACCCUGAUGCGUCUGCCAGCGCUGCGUCUGAUGAGCUCCAGCAUAACGGAAGAACUUUUCUUCACCGGGCUAAUCGGAAACGUGCCCAUCGACAGCAUCAUCCCGUACAUCCUCAAAAUGGAGACCGCCGACUACAACAGCCAAAUCAGUGGUCCUACAGCAUGACUCCAGAGUGGCUUGUUUUGAGCUACAGAUGAAGACUGAAAUCCUACAAUCUCCCAUCAUCACUUGCCUUCAUUGCAAAGCAAUGCAAAAGUUAGGACCAUCAGUUUUUCCCCCUUGCGUCGAGCAUUUCAUUUUCCUGACAAAGAGCCGUAACAGUGAUACUGUCUGACUGAAUGUUACUUAAUAUGGUUUGCAUUUUAGUUCUCUAAGAGUGAUGCAUCAUGGGACUUAGAGUUUUGAAACUCAAUAUUGUUUUAUUUUUCUGAAAAUGAAAAAAAGUCAAUCAGCUACUUUUAAGCACUUGUUUUCCAGUCAGAACGUACCAUACGCACGCUUUUGUAUUAUUUAUGAUCUGUGUAUUAAGGAUUUGACUCCUCAUCAAUGAACUGUAGUAGCGCUUUGGUAGUGUAAUGGAAAUCCGUCAGUGUUCACUUCUGAUCCUGAAAACAACCUCAUCAUGAAUUCUUAUGCAAAAGAGUUGCAUGGGUCUCUUUGUGACCCAGGGUCCUGGGUCUAAUCUAGGAUCUUUUUUUUGCCUUCCAUAGUGUAUUGAAUAUUCUUACAUAUAUAUAUAUAUAUAUAUCUACACACACGUAUAGAGAGAGAAAGAGGAGACCCUGAUAAACAGGCACUAUUACUUCUAGGAUCAAUUUCCCAGAUGUGCAUUAAGCCUAGUGUUGCACUAAAUUGCAAUGUCAGUGGUGAUCUAUUAUUGAAAAUUUAAGUUUUUUUUUUUUUUUUUUAAUAAAAGAUUUAAGCCACAGAUUAGGCUUAAUGUAGGUCAUGCAGAUACCUGAUAUAUGUGAGCUCUGAAUCUACAACUCCAGUGAUCUUGGUAUUGAUUUACAAAACAACACCUCUGCUGUUCAGACAAUCAGCAUAUAAAAGGAUGAUGCACUUAUCCUGGACAUCACGCUUUCUUCACUUACUGUUAUAAUAUUUCCUCCAUCCUUCUACCUGUUCAGUUGUAUUUAUUUGAAUGAUUCCUCAUUAUAUAUCAGUUCCACUCUUUUCCAUUAACUCUUAAUAUUUUGAUUUUAGUCUGAUGUUAUAGAACGAUCUAAGAUCACUCCUCAGAAUUCUGAUCGGUGACUGCGGUAAAUAAUGUAGUGAGCUCCAUUGUACCAGCAGGUUGCACACAGUUAGUGUUCCAUUAUGUUUUAAUUUAUUCAUUAGAAACAAGCCGUUGUGGCUCAGUGUGUUUUCUGCCAUAUGAAAUCAUGACAGCUGUCUUCUGUGAAACGUACUCAAAGUACAAUCAUGCACUUAUGAAUAUUAUAUGAAAGUGUGAAAUACAUCUAUGUACCCCUUUUAGGGUGAACUUCAAACAUAAGGAGAUGAAUAUCUACAUACCAGAAAUGUAUAUGUACUGUAUAAAAGCCUACCUAAAUAUUUGGGUUUAAAACCCAGUCAGACUGUUUUUAAUCGCUGUUGUGAUAUCAUGUUCAAUGAGAUUUAUACUACAUGUAAUUUCAUUAAAAUGAAUGCAUGUCUAUUUUACACCGUUUUAUUUUCUCUGGCAAUGAGAUGUUCAACUUUGUUUUUGUAUAUAAUGCAUGGAAUAGUUAAUGCAUUUUAUUAAAUGCUGUACCAAGAUGGCGUAUAAAUGUUGUGGCUUAGAAAUACAUAUUUAUCUGCCAGAGACUAAAAGCAAGCAAGUAAUCCUUUUUUUUUUUUUUUUUUGAAGUUAACUCAUUUAUGUACAUUGCAGAGAAACUAAUGACCUCAGUGUCUUGUCAACGAAAGCUUUUUUUUAAAAUAUACAUGUAUUAACUA